ACAGACCUUUAUAAUUCAAGUUGUUCAAGAAAAUAAAUAUAAUAAUUUGUUACCAGGAUUUUUAUGUGAAUCUUUAUUAGAGUCUAAUAAUGAAGUUAAAAAUGACCCUACAGCUGCUAUUUCAAAACUUUAUAAAAAAAUAUUUCAAACAGAAAUAUAUUUUUCUGGAGUAUCAAUGAUGAACAUAGAUGACAAUAAUAUUUUAGAUGAACUUGUAUCAGAUUUAUUCUUUCAACCUUUUAUGAUAAAUUUACAGAAAAUUAGUAUAGUGAUACAUUCGAUUGGUAUAUUAACAAAACAAGAAGCUAAAUAUAGAUUUGCUUCAUCUUUUAUCUAUUCCAAGUUUAAUGAAUAUAUUUUGAUUUUUCAAACUAUAAAUAAGGAUAGAUACUCUGUUUGUAUUUACAAACAAAACCAAAUUUCUGAAGAAUAUCGUGGAUCAGAUUCUAAUA